GUCGCUCGACUGUAGCUUCGGUUCGGUUGGCCGAGAUGGCGCGGCCAGGCCGUCCGCUCGGUCCGUCGCUGGCGCGCUACCAGAAUCGCAACUGCACAUUCGGCGAGUUUUCCCAACGGGGAAAACUCGCGUGCAAAGAGUCGCUCUCAGUGCACACUCGGUGGACUCCUCGAGAACAUGUGGCGCUCACGAUGACGAGCAGCUUGCAGCAGCAGCAGCACGCCGCCAAGUUCCGAUGGACGGAAAGGCUCACCUGGCGUUUUAUCCAACUGAGACGGGAGCAUGCCAAGAUGUUCACCGGUCGCAAGUACUCGGCGCAGCAAGGCUGGGAAUACAUUCUAAGCCAGAUGAGGCAAGAAUCGCCGGCCGUUAUGGGUGACGUUCACUAUCGGGUGCUCAAGAAGAAAUGGUCCAACUUACUGCAGCAAUAUAAAGAGCUGAGAAAUCCGGUGCACGGUGACAAGAAUCGCGCGGACGACAUAUCCUGGCCAUUCUACCGUGCGAUCGACGAGGUCAUCGCCAGUCUGAGCCCGUCGGCCAACAACUCGCGCCGUCGCGGCGCCGCCAGCUGCAUAAACGACAACUAUCGCCGCAAUCCCCAGGAGUUUCUGUGCGUCUCGGUGUCUCCCGACGACGUCGCCACGACGAUCGAUUGCGAGCGGCUCGAAGCACGCUCGGACGAAGACUUGGAGGUCGACGGGCAGCCGAGGGAUUCGCUGCUGCUGUCGCGGUUGCCACGCGCCACCCAGCUGACGAUCGGCAGACCGGCCGCGCCGGUCAAGAGAAAGAACAGCCCCGAAAGGUCGCGGGCUGGAGUCGAGCCGGAGAACGGCGGAGCGACGGCGCGGAAGAGUCGCAGGCGGGAGGACGGCCUCGAGAGGAGGAUCGUCGAGUUCAUGGAGUACACCAAGAGGAGGGACGAGGAGAAUAGGAGCAUUUCUUAGGAGGAUGCUACGAGGCUCUACAAGAUAUUAGAAUGCUCUCAGAUAAAGCGCAGCGUCACUGACGUCACGCUUCUCGCCAGCGAGAUAUUAAUAAUGGAGUACUAUUUGCGCCCGCUCCGCUCAGUUUGCCUUGCUCUACAAGCGACGAGGAGGAAAGUAUUCGGAAGGUCCCGAUGUGGAAAUCUCGAGGAUCACAAGCCAAUCGAGAUCGCAGGCAUUUGAUAAUUACACGUGUGCGUGUUUGUACAGUUCGCAAAGCGAUCAUUAAAUCACUUCUA